UUACAGGUUUGCACCAUGGAUCGAACCACGGUCCUACUAACCGUCCUGGGAUUCUUACUCAUCUGUGUCACUUCACACCCUGUUAACAAGCAGCGAGACGUCGACAUCUACAGCUUCCACAUCAAUUCUACGGUGACCAGCCGCUACGCCUUCACGGUCAUCACUAGCCGCGUGGCCAACCGGCUCAAUGAGUCCAAAGAAAUUCAUUUUCAGGUUAAAAUCCCCAAGAAUGCUUUCAUCAGCAGGUUCAGAAUGACCAUAGACGGGAAGAUUUAUAAUGGCGUGGUGAAGGAGAAAGAAGAGGCGAAGCAGCAGUACAGUGAGGCCGUGUCUCGAGGAGAAAGUGCCGGGAUGGUCAGUUCAGUAGGACGGACUCUGGAGGAGUUUAAAACUUCAGUGACGGUGGCCGCUUUCAGCAAAGUGACCUUUGAACUCACCUAUGAGGAGCUGCUGAAGCGACGACUUGGUCAAUACGAGCUGCUCAUCAACGCUCAGCCCAUGCAGCCGGUGGCAGAUUUUAAGAUUGACGUUUACAUAAACGAGCGUCCAGGUUUGUCCUUCCUGGAGGUGAAAGGAGGGUUGAAGACUGAAGAUCUGUCCAGCGCGAUCACCAGCACUCAGGCCGUGUCCACUCAAGAGGCGUGGGUGAACUUCUACCCCACUCGUGAGCAACAGAUCAAGUGUUGUGGAGAGAACGGACUGAACGGCGACCUGAUCGUAGCGUACGACGUGAAGAGACAAACGACCAACGGAGAGCUGAAGGCGUCAAACGGCUACUUCGUCCACUACUUUGCACCCACGGAUAUUCAGCGCAUCCCCAAAAAUGUGGUCUUUGUGAUCGACCGAAGCGGCUCCAUGAGUGGAAGGAAGAUGGAGCAGACCCGCUUGGCACUGCUGAAGAUUUUGGGAGAUCUUUCUACAGAUGACUAUUUUGGCCUGAUCACGUUUGAUAGUGAGAUCCAGGAGUGGAAGCCUGAACUCCUCCAGGCCACAGAGAGAAACAUGGAGCAGGCGAGGGCUUUCGUAAGAAAGAUUUCUGCUCGUGGAGGCACGGACAUCAACGAUGCAGUGCUGAAAGGUGUGGAUAUGAUCAAGAAGUACCCGAGAGAAGGUACCGCCUCCAUCCUCAUCCUGCUGACCGAUGGAGAUCCCACUUCAGGUGAAACAAACACAAACAAGAUUCAGAGAAAUAUAAGGGAAGCCAUCGGGGGUAAAUUCCCUCUGUACUGCUUGGGCUUCGGAUACGACGUGAACUUCGAUUUCCUGGAUAAAAUGGCCCUGGAGAAUUCCGGCCUCGCUCGCAGGAUCUACGAGGACUCGGACGCCGACCGCCAGCUGCAGGGUUUCUACGAGGAAGUGGCCACGCCUCUCUUAACCGACGUCCAGCUGAAAUACAGUGGUGCGGCCAACCUCACCAAGUCCAGUUUCAGCCUGUACUACAACGGCUCAGAGAUCGUGGUUGCCGGUCAGAUCACCGACAACAGUCUGGAGACCUUCCAAACGGAAGUCAUCGGCAUCUCGAAAGGCAGCAAAGUUUCGUAUCAUGAUUCUAUUUCAACAAAAGAUGUCGCUGAUGCGCCGCCACAAAAUGAAGAUGUUGUCCAGAGACUCUGGGCGUACCUUACAGUCAAACAGCUCCUGGAGUCAGAAGUGACGCUGAAAGGAGAGGAGAAAGAAGCAGCCAGAAAAAAAGCUCUGGAGCUCUCGCUCAAGUACAAGUUUGUGACCCCGCUCACGUCCAUGGUGGUCACCAAGCCUCAGGAGGGAGAGACUCAGGUCGCCCACAAACCCAAAGAAGGCGAGCAGUCGCACAAACCACCUGUAAGAGGGCAUCCAGGUUUUCCAGGCCUACCAGGUUUUCCAGUUCUACAAGGUCAGCCAGGUCCACAAGGUAGGCCAGGUCUACAAGGUAUGCCAGGCAUGCUAGGACCACCAGGACCUCCAGCACUACCAGGAAUCUCUGGACACUUAGAUCUACAUGAGCCUGAAGCUGAUGAAGUUGCUUUCGAUUAUGCUUGGUUCAUGCCUCAUCCACAGCCCGCACAGAUCCCAGUACGUGCCACCACUCUGCCCAUAGUGAGGAACGUGAGGUUCUUGAUCUCGGCUCAGCCAAAGCCGAUCUGCUACGAUGCACCUGUAGGCCACAAGCUCCGCCUCCUUUUUGACCCCCUGUCAGAUUUCUCUAUGAACGGCGAGCUGUCAGAAAAUGGCUUUCAGUCCAUUGUUAUUCACUACAAAACGGUAACAUUUAACAUCAACCCUGUCGAGAGCCUGUACCAGGGAGAGACCAGUGUGAAGUUUAUUUGGGGGCAGCAGGAGCCCAGGGAACAUAAUACAGACGGCGUGUCCAUAUUCCUAAGAGACAAUGAAAUCGAUGUCACCAUGGGUCCUGUCCGUGUUGUUUUCCUGCUGCAUAAGAGAGGUGGAAAUGCCUUCCUCUGGCCUGCCGUUCGACAACAACCAAAUAACACUAACGUGCAAGGCAUUCUGGGAAAAGCUAAUCUUCAGAUUGAGGAAUUGUCCGAAUCAAAGAUCAAAAUCAAAGAUACCGAGGCCCAAGCAUCCAGGAGUCAAGCCACCGACUACCGAUUCUCCUCCGCUCCGGAUGUUGAGUGUUGGCUUGUACCGCUCCGGUUUGCCCUGCAGGGGGAGCUCUCUGACCACACCGUCUCACAUCUGUAGACUUCUGAGCUUCAAGCUUAAAUAUAAACAUAAAAACAUAAUAAUUGCGUUCAUGUUUUACUAUUAAAUAGUCUAAGGUGGACUUAAAUUAAUGCAGUAAAGGUGUCUGAUGUAAUAAAAAUCUCCUAAAUAUA